AUGUCCAACAACAUGGCCAAGAUUGCGGAGGCUCGCAAGACGGUGGAGCAGCUGAAACUGGAGGUCAACAUCGAUCGCAUGAAGGUGUCCAAAGCGGCAGCCGAUCUCCUGGCCUACUGCGAAGCUCACGCCAAGGAGGACCCCCUGGUCACCCCCGUCACAGCGGCCGAGAAUCCCUUCCGAGAGAAACGGCUGUUCUGCAUCGUGCUGUGA